AUGUUAGCGUCAGACUAUCAUGUUGGGUGGAUCUCUGCUCUACCAUUGGAAGAAGCUGCGGCUCUAGACAUGCUCGACGAGAGGCAUGGCAAUCUUCAACAAGCAAGCUAUGACACCAAUAACUAUGUGUUGGGCCGAAUUGGUCCCCACAAUGUAGUCAUUGCAUGUCUACCUCAAGGGGUUAUCGGUCCCGUGGCGGCAGCCUCUGUUGCCAUUCCCAUGCGGGCCACUUUUCCCUCACUUAAAUUCAUCCUGCUCGUGGGAGUUGGUGGUGGUGUUCCCUCGACACACCAUGACAUUCGACUAGGCGAUGUUGUCGUGAGCCGUCCUACCGGACAAUUUGGCGGCGUGGUUCAAUACGACUUUGGGAAAACCCUCCAUCAAGGUCACUUUGUCCGAACCGGUUCACUCAAUCGUCCUCCUGAUGUAUUGUUAAAUGCUGUUUCAACCCUAGAGGCCCAGCAUCUCAGCCAAGGAGGGUCUCAAAUUGGUGCCAUCCUACAGGACGUCGUCUGGAGAAAUCCACGCCGAGCGAAUGCUUGCAAUUAUCCAGCCACUCACAAAGAUGAACUGUUCGAGUCUUCUUACGCCCAUCAAAUCUCAAACCACGCACUCUGUGAGGCUUGCGACCGCGGCAGACUCGUCAAUCGACCACCCCGUGCAGGAAACCAUCCAGUCAUACACUAUGGGCUUAUUGCAUCCGGUAGCCAGGUUAUUCGAGACUCGAUCAUGCGGGACCGUCUCAGUGCAGAACUCGAUGUUCUUUGCUUUGAGAUGGAAGCGGCUGGCUUAAUGAAUUAUUUUGACUGCUUAGUUGUUCGAGGCAUUUGCGACUACUCGGACUCGCACAAAAACAAGCGGUGGCAGGAGUACGCAGCUGCGACCGCGGCGGCUUAUGCGAAAGAGCUUUUGUGGACUAUCCGCCCUGUGCCGUCCUUCCGAAGAGUCCUGACUGACAGGACUCCUGAUGACAGCGAGGGAUUCAGUGCUCGAUACGAUCAAGAUGACUCUUUUCAGGAAGGCCCAGGAUCAAUUUUCGAAACCACCUCUUCAGGGACACCUAGAUACCAUUCAGCUGCUGCCGAAUCUGCGUGUCUGAAGUCGCUAUGGUUUAGGGAAAUGGGCGGUCGUCGAGACAACAUCGAUCGUGCGGCCGAGGGGACCUGUUCCUGGCUGAUAGAACAUCCGGACUAUCAGCAAUGGGCCGCAAACAAUAAAGGGUUUCUUUGGAUAACUGGCCUGCCUGGUGCAGGCAAGAGUGUUCUCCUCGACACGCUGGUAAGCAAGGUCGAGAGCCAGAGAGACGAAAAGGUCAUUGUGGCUUCAUUUUUCGUGCAUGGCCGCGGCACACAGAUGCAAAAGUCUCCUGUCGGACUGUAUCGGUCCAUCCUGCAUCAAAUACUAUCAAGAGCGAAGAUCCUAUUAAGAGAGCUAACAAACACGUUCGUGUUGAAGCAGCUAAAUCAGGGUGAAUACGGGCACUCUUGGACAUGGCACGAAAAGGGCUUGUUCGACUUCCUCAAUACUCGAGUGAAACAGUACACCAGACAAUCUAUCAAAAUCUUCAUAGAUGCCUUGGACGAAUGCGGCGAAGAAACGGCAAGGAAGCUCUCAUCAGAACUCUGGAGCCUCACGACGCCGACCGAAGAGGCUCAGUCAGCAAUCAGUGUGUGCAUAACCUGCCGUCACUAUCCCGUAAUGGAUCUCUUUGGUGCUCCAGAAAUCUGCGUCGAAGCUCAAAAUUCUGGUGACAUUUCCAGAUUCGUUCAUAGCCGUCUUUCACACGUCUUCAAGAACCAAAAUUCGCGGCGAGAUGUCGAGCACGAAAUUUUGCGCAAGGCUGCGGGAAACUUUUUGUGGACGGCUCUCAUCCUCGAACAAACAACCCGCAAGGGGCGUCAUGGCUAUGGUCUGGAAAAGAUUCGCAAAGAAAUCCAGAAUAGCUCUCCAGAGCUUGGUCAGAUAUACAAGGAGGCCUUGUCGAAGAUACCAGCCGAGGACAGAGUCGGUGCAAUGCGUCUCUUCGAAUGGGUGUGUCUGACUGAGGAACCUCUUUUCCCGAUCCAGAUGAGGUAUGCCCUGGCCUUCGACCCACUGGAUCCGCCAACGACUAUUGCAUCGUGGGAGAAUUUAGACACAUUCACCGAGACCGACGGGCAAAUGGAAAUAUUGAUAAAAGCGUUAUCCGGUGGCCUUGUCGAGAUUGUCAACGGGGACAACAUCAUCCAGUGCAUUCACCAGUCAGUAAAGGACUACCUCUUGCAGCGAGGCCUCCAGGACCUGGAGCAUUCCAUCAGCGAAGAUCAAUCGAGUUCUAGGCUUGAAGAAACGUUGGCGAAGGCUCAUGAGCUCAUAUUCAAAUGCUGCAUGCAUUACAUUCUAACGGAUGAAAUACUACAGUUUCCAGUUGAUGAAGGGCAGUCUCCAGCGAGACAGUAUCCCCUCAUUCAGUAUUCUGUUGCUAGAUGGCCCUCUCACCUGAAAAAGGCGGACCUGGAUGGACGGUUACAGAGAGACCUUUUAACAUACCUCCAAUGGCCUUCUCGGACUCGCUUGGAUCAAUGGCUUUCACUGUGCUAUCUGGACUCUCGUGCUUGUGUUCUUCAAUCCGGGGCACAUUUGCUCCACGUUGCUGGAUAUUAUGACCUCAGCCAUGUCAUAGAUGCUGUGCUUGAAAAUAACCCAUUGGAAAAUGUUGACGAUAGGGACGCUCAAGAAUGCACUCCUCUGAUCUGGGCGGCAAGAAAUGGACAUGUCGAGGCGACCAAAUGUUUCCUGCGUCACGGGGCAGAGGUUGACACUUUUGAUUCCGAACGACAUUCAUCUCUGUGGUGGGCUACAAACUAUGGCCACUUGGGCGUCGCGGAGAUCUUAAUCCAGCAUGGAGCAAAUACUAACUUACAAGAUGAGACGGGCCGCACAGCAUUAUUUUGGGCCUCAGAGAACCUUGACGAAGCGACGGUCGGUUUCCUUCUAUCUAAUGGCGCAAACCCCAAUAUACAAGACAACCAGGCAAGGUCACCGCUCUACUUUAUCAUUGGGCAUUUCGUUCGGGAAAAGGCGCGCAGAAUCUGCCGGAGACUACUUGAAGCGGGUGCACAACCAAGCAAGAAGUUAUCUGAAGAUGAGUCCUUGUUGCGAUGGGCGACCAAUCGCGACUUUCACGACAUCAUCGAUCUCAUAUUGAAACUUGACCAAUUUGCCCACGACGACAACCGACGAGCGCUAGCGUUCUUGCAGGCUCUGAAUUGGAGAAACUUCUCAGUCGCUCUGAAAUUUGCCCAUGCUGGGAUCAAUGCGCAAAAAUUCACAGACUUUACCGGCGAAACCCCUAUCGCCUAUGCUCUUUCAAGAAAUUCUCAAGGGGUCGUCGGAGUACUGCUUGAGAAGAAGAAUUGUGACCCCAAUGGUAGGGGCUCCAGGGGGACAACACCUCUCAUUGCCACCGCCCAGCUGGGACUUGUCGUUAUGAUGAAGUCUCUCAUUGCGCUGGGUGCCGAUCCGAAUCUUGCGGACACUGAACGCCGCACCCCUUUAUCUUUCGCAGCAGCAGGUGGAUAUAUAGACGCCGUCCGCGUCCUUAUCGAAAGAAAUGCCGACCCAAAUUUGAGUGACCAAAAGGGGAAGACACCCUUGAUGUGGGCCGCUGAGAAUGGGCAUGAUCCUGUCGUCGAGCUGCUGAUCGAAAAGGGUGCAUUCCUCAAAGCCCAAGAUACUUUAAGGUGUUCGGUAUUAUUUUGGGCAGCGAAGGGGGGCAAUAGUGCUGUGUUGGAGUUGCUGAGUGACGUGGACAAGGAGCACCGGAACUCCCUGGGGCAAACGGCACUCUGGUGGGCUAUCAUGCAUCGGCAGAUAGACGCUGCAAAGCACCUCCUCACCUCUGGAGCCAACCCCAACGUAACCGAUACUGACGGUAGGAGCCUCGUCUUAUGGGCGGUGUCUACCGGUUAUCUCGUUGGCGCCCAGCUUCUCCUCGAAAGGGGUGCGGAUCCUAAUUUAAAGGACCGCAAACAGCAGAUAGCGCUUCUUGUGGCCGCAGCUAACGACGACAUUGAUUUGAUCAAACUGCUACUUCUCCACGGCGCUGAUCCCGACAUGGAGGACGCGGACGGCUACACAUCGCUGUCACUUGCGGUCAAGAAAGGCCUGACGAAUGCAGUUGCGGUCCUUUGCGAAGUAUCGCAAUUGAAUCGUGUAGACCGCAGUGGGAGGACACCGCUUUUGUUGGCCGUCAUGAACGGGAACGAAACAGUUGCGACUUGUCUCUUACAACAUGGAGCCGAUGCCGAUUGUCAAGUUUAUUCAGGGAGAACUCCACUGUCCUUCGCCUGCGAGUACGGGUAUGAGAGUCUCGUGAGGGUCUUACUGGAAUACCGAGUCAAUGUAAACAUUCAGGAUCAGAAUGGUCGCACCGCCGUCUGGUGGGCAGCGGCGUACGGCCAAACCGCGAUUCUGGAGCUCUUGCUAGAGAAGGGCGCCGAUCUGCAAAUUCGGUCCAAAACGGGCGAGAGUGCUUUGAUGAAAGCAGUGAACAAUGGCCAUGUCGAGACAACUCGGCUGCUUUUGCGACACCAGCCUGCUGCUCUUUCAGAUCCUGACAUCAGCGCCCGACUUUUAGGAUUGGCAACAGAUAACACUGACUCAGCCAUGGUGUCGUUGCUGAUUGAAGAAGGGGUAGACUGUACUCAAACUCUUCCUUCGGGCAGGACGGUUCUAUCAUGGGCAGCGAAGAACGGAUGCCUUGACGUUCUGAAGAUCAUGAACAGUCGUGGGGUCGACCUGGAGGCGCCUUGCGAUCAGCAGGGCCUUACUACGCUUGACUUGGCCUUUGAACGUGGCCACAAGGAUGUGGUUGAGUUCUUGAUGGGGAUUUGGACGUGA